UAACUUAAACCAUUCUUUAUUGUUUUGUUAUAGAGAGCAGCUUAUGCUGUCAGAGAAGCCUGCUAGUCCCAAGUUCAUAGUCACUUUGGAUGGAGUCCCCAGCCCUCCUGGGUACUUAUCCGAUCAAGAGGAGGAAGAACUGAAUCUUAUGGAGGGAGUUAGGCCUAUUCCAUCCAAACCUACAGGCAGCAAGGGAUUAAGAAACCUUCGCACACAACAGAUGCACAUUAUAUCCAGACAGCUGGACAGCACAGAUGUAGAGAUGGAAGAAAUAGGCAUCUUACAGAAGAUGGAGAAAGUACCCGAGCGCUGCAAAUACUGGCCUGCCUGCAAAAAUGGAGAUGAAUGUGCCUUCCAUCAUCCUACACUUCCAUGCAAUUGUUACUACUCAUAUGUAAUUGAUAGUUGUGGAAAGGAGCCUAGAGCUGUGCCAGGGUCUCGAAAUUUAAAAGAAGAGAUAAAGAUUUCCCACUCUGACUCCCCUGCAUUGUGGGAAGAGUUCAG